AUGGUGAAUAUGGUAGUCCGGAACUUGAAAGCUCUUGUUGUACUUGUAACAAUUAGCCUGUCAAAACUCAGCAAAUCCGAUGAUUGGAUCUUAGCAAAGCAGGAUAUAGUUCAUCCCACGUCCGGACUGAUUUUACAGUAUAAAUCGGAUUAUCGACCGGCGAAUAAGAUUGUUACGUUAUCGACAGUGAUCCCAAUGGUUGCUGAUAUGUGCUAUCUAAUUCCCAUUUCUGCUUUGAAAAAAAUUCCUCGUUGUAACUUAACAAUUGACACGGUAAACUUUAUUAACCGCGACUCGGCAACAACAGUCAGAAAAACGUCUAAAUUGUUAAGAAGACGCAAAAGAUUUUUGACUGAUAUUGUCUCUAUUGGGAUGAGUAGUGCAGCUCUAUCUUUAUCCACCAUGAAUAUGAUUCAGACAGCAAGCCUAAAGCAAGAGAUGAAGUCUGUUACAGAAACAAUUAGAGUACUUCAAAAAACGAAAUAUACACAAGAUGCUCAGAUUUUGCAGCUCACAGAUGGACAAUUCAAACUAGCUAUGGAACUUAACAGUACUCAAGAAGCAAUUAAUCGAACAAUGCACCUUGUUAACCAACAUACUGAUACCCUUCGAGAACAUGAUGAUGCCAUAAGAAGAAUUGGCGAAUUUUCCACCUUCAUUAAUAACAAACUUAAUGCGUUUAUGCAUAACGUUGAGGGUAUUCUCAAAGGUAAUCUUAAUUUACAUUUUAUCCAUCACGAUGAUAUACCAAAAGUAAUCGAAUAUGUGAUAAACGCAACGAACAUCUCAUUUGAAGAUAACAAUAGCUCCAUAUCAAUGAUAGAUUUAGUAACUCGGUUACUCGUUCGUCAAGAGAUAGUGUGUAUCCCUACAAUCCAAAUGAGAGCCUCAACGUUUGGUGUAAUCAUAGGUGAACUCGUGUUUACUUCGUAUUUUGCCGCUUCAAACCAUGAUGAAAAGCCGUUCUUUGUUUAUGAGCCAAUACCUAUUCCGUUUAAUCACCAACAGAAACGUGUAAGACUUGCUCAAAUGCCGGCUUACGUGGCGAUUCAACCCGAUUCUCGCCAAUUUGUACGAUGGUCUCCAGAAGAAGCAGAGCCAUGCUGCUUUGAAGUGAUGACGUCCUGUCGUGUAAACCCAGUUAUCCGGAAAGAUCUUGAGGAUAUGUGUAUUUAUCAAGUUUUAACCAGCGCGCCACUAAAAUCAUGCCGCAUAGAGUCGUAUCUCGAACCAAUAUUUGUGCGCAAAGUCAGAAAUUUUUGGGCCAUUUCCAUGAAUUCUUCCACAAAAUGUCACCGAGCUACUCCGAUGGAUUCUGAUAACUAUAAAAUUAUGAAUAAUAAUGCAAUAACUCUACCACCUACCUCCUUACUUUCGGCUAAAGACGGAGCCGCUUUAUCUUGUGAUUAUUUCUACUUGCCUGGGCUUCCCAUUCAAUCCCACUCCAGAUUAGUUCUAUACCAAAAAUUAACGGUGAAUGCUGUUUAG